UAUGAACGUGAACAGUUUGAAUGCCGCUUGCGAUAAGCAGAGAAAGUACUUAAUGAAUGUGUUAACUGUAAUUGUCGUCGGGGGUAUUAUAACUGCAACAGUCCUCCUCCUUAGAAAAUCGGCAAUAGAAGAUAUGACAGAUAGAAAAAGCAAUCAACAAUCAACCAAUGUCGACAAAUCAAAACUAUCUAAACUUAACAUGAAAGAUAGAUGUUAUCUUUCUAAAAACAAAACAUGCUAUCAUCCCAAUUGUAUUAUAUCAUCAUCCAAUCUGCUGUCUGGAAGAAUUCAAAAGAUAUCAGCUUGCCAAAAUUAUUAUAAGUAUUCUUGUGGGGGUGAAACAAUUACACGCCUGGACGCCAUCAAUUCGAAAUUAAUUAGGAUCUUUGAUCAAGAUUUUCGCUAUUUUGUGAAGAGAUUUAAAUCUACAGAUGAGGAAUUAUUUACCGAAAUUCGCAAAUUUUACUUUUCGUGCUUGGAAUCUGUAUUGUCUGAGGAAUAUAUCAUUGGAAUAAUGAGAAUCUUCAACAGAAAUAGAUUAAAUCCCUACGAUUCUGAAUGGGAUGAACAAAAUUGGAACUAUAGUAAUGCUCUUGGGAUAGCUUUAAAGUAUGGUUUAUUACCAAUCAAUUUCCAAGAAGAACAUGGUGUUCCAGUUGUAGAAAUCAAAGAAAAUUUAAAGGUCAAUUUAAUAAGGAACUACGCUCUUGUAGAAAGAUUUCGAAAGAAGAAGUUACUUUUUAUCAAAGAAUUAGAAAGGGACAAAUUUAUAGGCAAAAGGUCAAAUCAAGUGAUAGAAAGGGCGAUAGUUGAAUCUUUUAGGGUUGAAAAACAUAGUUUUAAAGUAAAUAUUCAUCCAGAAACAGCUAGUUUACUUUCAUUUGGCGAGACUUUAUCUCCGAUCAAAGGCGCGUCUUUACUAAUUAGUAUAGUCUUAUCGGAUGCUAUUGAUAAAGUUUACGAUUACGAAUUGAUGGAUAUUGCAAUUAGAAAAGAACAUUGCGCCAGUUACGUAACUAAACUUACACCGCACGUGGCUUUGACAAUGAUCAACUCUUACGAAAUCAUUAAAGAGCCAGAACCGCUAAAUUUCUUAACUGAUGUCCCAAAGAAGAUCGCUUCUAUACUCUUAAAGAAGUGGAAGAAGCAUAGUUUUCCGGAAAGGUCCUUUGGGUACAUUACAGACUCAAUAGGAGAUUUAUUAAAAUUUUGGAAAAAACCGGAUAUUAAGAUUGUUUAUCGUACAUUUAAAUUUCCUCGUAGGGAGUUUUCCGAAAUGUAUUCGUAUGCGUUCAAGAAUUAUGCUAACAAUUGGUUAAAUAAUCUUAGACAAUGGAGUCUUUUGCAUAUUGGAUUAGAGAAUUUCGAAAGCGGAAGGGAUAUGUUGUCCGAUAUUUUUCGAUAUACCCACGCUUUAUCGGUUAAUCUUGUGAAAGGUCUAUUCUCUCUUCAUCCGGCGCAUCAUCCUGAAGUAUCAGUCUUCUUAAAAUCAUUUAAUAAUUGUUUAAAGAGAAAAUUCAAAGAACUGUCAGAAAGCGACAUGCGGAAUACAUUAAUCGAUAAGAUCGCUUUCGAAAUCGUUUACGAAUUUAUGACGAAAUACUAUGGAGCAUCGGCCGUAAAAUUACCAGGAUUUCAAGGUCUUUACACGCCGGAAAAGGUGGCUUUUCUAUUAAAUUCUCAAUCAUUAUGUAGAAUCGGUGGAAGAAAACGAAUGGAAAGAGUAAUUUACACUUAUUCAACAAAAUUCAAAGAAACUUUUUCAUGUGACAGAUCCAUUUUGAUCAAUUUCGCAGAAUGUUCUAUUUUCGAAUAGAAUAUUUUAUUUUUGUUACCUAAUUUGAUAAACUGAUUAUCAUGUGUGAAUAAA